AUGAGUCAGUACCGCUUUCCAAUUCGCAUCCUUACAAGAUUCUAUACACAAGCUUCUUCUCGAUUACCGCCCAAAUCUCUGCUGAUUAAACAAGCAGAUCGAAUUAGAAGAUCGAAAGAUGGUCAAGCGGAUGGAUCCAAAUUAAUGGUAUCUUCCCUAAAGGAUAUUGCAUCCAUGUUUCAAGCCAAUGCAGAGACUCCUGAGGACGAGGAACGUGAAAUUUUAAACCAACAGAAUUAUUUAAGACAACAGAUUGAAUCAGGAGAAUUAGAACGGUUGUUACAAGAUAAAUUUAAUCUAGACGAAUCUAUUUCCCUUAUGUCAACUAAUCUUUUAGUUCAGCAAUUUCCUAAAUUAAACGCCCAACAAGUCGAACUAAUUCAAGAGGCCGUCUCCAUGGAUUCUAAUAAACAUUGGAAUGAAAUUCCGCAAUACAUGAAGCAAUUACAGUUCUAUUUUGCAUUUGGUUCACAUGGACCUCGUUUGAGUAUACCAUUUAAUUCCAGAGAAAAACCGCUAGAUUUUGCAUUCAAAAUACCGUCUCCUGUAACCACCGAUGGUCAAACUAAAAUACACAAAUUAAAGCCUUCUCAUUUGGUUAAUUUACACACAAUCACAGAUCAAAGAUCAAAGAUUUUCCAAACUACAAAGCUGGAUCCCGCAACGAGAUGCAUACUUUGGUCAGCAAUCCUAGUUUCUAUAGUGUUCGGAGUGCAGGAAUGGCGGCUUCAACAGGACCCUCAGGCCAAAAUUACAGUUUUAUCAAAUUCCGUGUAA